ACACCGCUAAAGAUGUGAAAAUGGCGGAGCUACAAAUGCUUCUGGAAGAGGAGAUUCCGGCAGGGCGCAGCGCAUUACUAGACAGUUUCACCAACUUGGAAAGAGUUGCGGAAUACUGCGAAAGCAACUAUGUUCAGUCACCGGACAAGCACAGGGCGCUGGAGGAGACCAAGAACUACACCACCCAGUCUUUGGCCAGCGUAGCUUACCUGAUCAACACGCUGGCCAACAAUGUCCUGCAGAUGCUCGACAUCCAGGCCUCACAGCUCCGCCGCAUGGAGUCCUCCAUCAACCACAUCUCACAGACGGUGGACAUCCACAAAGAAAAGGUGGCGAGGCGGGAGAUUGGCAUCCUCACCACCAAUAAGAACACCUCCCGCACACACAAGAUCAUCGCCCCAGCCAAUCCCGAGAGGCCCGUACGCUACAUCCGUAAGCCCAUUGACUACAGCCUGCUGGAUGACAUGGGCCAUGGAGUCAAGUGGUUGCUAAGGUUUAAGGCCAGCGCUCAGAACAUGAAGGCUGGAGCCGGCGGACUCCCUCGCACCAACCCCCCCACACAGAAGCCCCCGAGCCCACCUAUGACAGGGAAGGGCACCCUUGGGCGCCACUCCCCCUAUAGGACGCUUGAGCCGGUGCGUCCGCCCGUUGUCCCUAACGACUACGUCUCGAGCCCGACGCGCAACAUGGCGCCCCCCCAGCAGAGCCCUGCACGCAUUGCAUCUGUUAAUCAGAGGAACCGCACGUACAGCAGUGGGAGCAGCGGAGGCAGCCACCCCAGCAGCAGUCGCAGCAGCAGCCGAGAGAACAGCGGCAGCGGCAGUGUGGGCGUGCCUAUCGCCGUGCCGACCCCAGCCCCACCCACUGCCUUCCCAGGUCCUCCUCAGUUCUACAGCAUGAACCGCCCGGCACAGCAGCCCCAGAACCCACCAGUAGGGGGCUCCCUGCCGUACCGCCGGCCCUCCUCCGUCACUGGCCAGCCCAACCUGGCCCACAACCAGAGCCAGCUGAACGGCGGACCCCACUUCAACCCCAACCAAGCAGGCCCGCUCGCGCCCCCUCCCCCCUCCAUGCAGAUCACCCCCCAGCUGCCUCUGAUGGGCUUUGUGGCCCGAGUUCAGGAGACCAUCUCCGACGUGCCGCCGCCCCCUCCGCCCGCAGAGGAGCCGGUGUUCGAGGAGCCCACCCCGCCCCCUCCGCCGCCGGAGGACUACGAGGACGAUGAGGACGAGGAGGAGUCGGCCGUGGUGGAAUACAGCGACCCAUACGCAGAGGAGGACCCGCCCUGGGCCCCGCGCUCCUACCUGGAGAAAGUUGUGGCGAUCUACGACUACACCCGGGACAAAGAGGACGAGCUCUCGUUCCAGGAGGGCGCCAUCAUCUACGUGAUCAAGAAGAACGACGACGGCUGGUACGAGGGCGUGAUGAGCGGCACCACGGGCCUCUUCCCUGGCAACUACGUCGAGUCCAUCAUGCACUACGCCGACUGAACACCCCGCCCCCAUCUCACCCCCAUCCCCCGACGGGACAAGGAGGAGGACGGGGAGGGGAGGGAGGGAGGGAAACCACGGGGUUAAAGGUUAAAAAGGUCAAAGACUUUGAUCAGACAGAGCAUGAUCACUUCCGGGCGGAGAGAAGAGAAAAGAGACGGGGGGAAGGAAGAAGUUUUUAAAAACAUGACAAACUGACGCCCGGUCAUUCUCUCGACAUAGUCGCCAUUGUACAACAACCACUACUCUAGAUAUAUCCUUCCCUGUAAUAUUUCUUUCUUUAUUCCUUUAUUUGACUGAAGAGGACUGGACGGUGUUGGAUUUAUUGUAUUCCGGGAGAUUUUGUGUUUCGAUAUGAGGCCACAUGAUUUAUUUUGCUUCAUUUUCUUCUUUUUUUUUUUUUUUAUUGAAUAACCAGUUUGCCCUUAUUUUUGAGCAAUAUUUAUUUUGAUUAUGUAGUGGGAUAUAUUGUGAGCAGGCAGACGAGGCUGUUGGGAGGAUCUUUCAGCCAGGUUUUCCCGCUCGCUGCCCUUGAGACAACAAGGGCUGGAAGAGAACGCCUUCUCAAGUAUGUACAUUUUCUCCUGACACUACAGAGACGUUUUAGAUUGCAGAUGUUUCUCUCUCUCUCUCUAAAUAUAUAUAUACAUAUAUAUAUAUAUAUAUAUAUCUCGAAAGGUGUAACGAAACAAUGACAGUGGUGAUAUCCUCGGGUGAAGACAGUAGUUUCCGUACUCGACAGACCAAGUAAAGUCGCGAGUUUUGGUUGGCUAGCUCGGCUGGGAGUGUGCCAAAGCUGACGUUCACUGAGAUAAGCACAUAUUUAAAUGUCUUAAAGUGACACACACACAAGCCAGGGCUGAAGUGGGUCACACGCGUCUGAAAGCAAAUGUUAUCAAGAGCCCCGAGAUUGCUCUAAAUAUAGGUCACCUUGUUUUCUUUUUUAUUAUUGGUAUUAUUAUUUUUUUUUUUUACCUAUUAUGAUCAUCUGGAAUGAGCAAAUGUUUUCUCUCCCCUUUUUUUUUUUUUUUUAUCAUUUUUUAAACUAUUUUCUCAUUUUCAGUUAUCAGUUGGAUCAUCUAGAAUAAGCUUUUUUUUCAAGAGUUAAUUCGAGCAUCUGGAAUAAGCAAAUUUUUUGUAUUUUUUUUUUUUUUUUUCAGUUCUAUCAUCCGGAAUGAGCUAAUGUUUUUUUUUUUUUUAAGAGUUUAUUCAAUCAUCUGCAAUAGGCUAAUGUUUUUUCUUUAUUUUUCUGUAUUAAUUCGAUCAUCUAUGAUAAGUAAAUUUAUUCUAUUUUUUUUUUUAGAGUAAAUUCAGUCAUCUUGAAAAAGAAGGGUUUUUUUUUUUUUUCGAAGUUAGGUAGAAUGAUCAGAUGUUUUCUUGUUUUUGAUUAGAUGCUUAAUUGGGUUAUUUAGAAGAAGCCGAUGUUUCCUGUGGGACAGUUUGGUCAGAUGAAACUCCUCUUCAGUCCAGGGUUGAACCUGUCAGGGCGACUCUGGUCUCCACAUGCCUCACUUUGCUGGCCAGUGUUUUCAGGGCAGGGCAGAUCGUCCUGGAGCCCCCAGAAUAAAGGAGUGUGCGUCGGAGCCUCACUUGCACAAUGACCUGGAUUUUGAAGUCUUAAGUUACUGCCUCUGCAGCUCCCUGUGAUGAAUUAUACAAGUAUAUUAGCUGAACUUAUGAAGCUAGACUUCCAGGCCACUCAUUUGCAGUGUUCAUAUGCAUCCAAGACAAAAGACAAAAAUAUUUUGCUUUCUUUUUCAUCUCCCCUCCUGCUACCUGGAGGUGUUUAUUUUUUCAGUUUUUGUUUUUGAACCAAGGGGUCCAGAAUUGAGUUUUGCUUGCAGAGCGGCAGACUGCAUGUUUUAAUGAGGAAAAAGAAAAAGAAAAAAAAUCCAAAAAACGAAACCUUUUUUUUUUUCUUUUCUGCUCUACUGAUGAUUAAUGUCUUAAUAUUUUUAGAUAUGGUGUGGUUCUUGGUUUGGUUUUUGAUAUUCACCCACAAUGACGACGAUGCAUUUAGGUCAUUUCUAAGAUGCUUGUGCCAUAUUGAAGUGUGUGUUGCUGUUUCAAAGGUUAUCACUUCAUUAUAUUUGCAAUAAAUUUGGCCAGAGUGGGGUGGGUUUAUCGUUAAACUACAGAUCUUUUUCUUUCCGUUUUCCUCGAGUUAUUUUAAAUCGAAAGCACAUACAUUUGUAGUUAAAAGGUGUAGAGUAACUGAGAUGAAAUAAUAUAAAUGUGAGAUGUACUAUUGUCCUCAGUACAGGACUUAUUGAUUAUGAAAAGCCAGCCGUUGUGUUGAAAUGGUCCGUCGCGAGCCCCCGAUACUUGUAAUGCCGUCGGAUCAGUCGGAGGCGCCGUGUGUCCUCUGUGCAGGAUUUAAACACAGCUACUAAAUUUUCAAAUAUGCUUGGCUGUUGGGUGUUGCCGAGGGCUCAGUGCUUGUAUGUAUGUCAGAAUCUUUAUUUUCUGUUAAGAAAAAAACAAAACAAAGUGGGUCUGUAUGUGAGUCUUGCAUGCCAUUGUUCUUAUCUGUACUGGUGUCCCAAACCUUCGUGGCGAAGAUCACCCAUUCUAAAAAGACGAGCAGCCCUGCAACUCUGACCAGGUACCACAAGCCUCAUCCAAAGAGACUGUACAACUUUACUGCGAUCCCACGUCCGGGGCAAGGGCCCCGCCUCCUCCUUCAGAGGAGCCGUCAUUAACGUCAGUGGUGAAAAAAAAAUCGUGUGUGUAAGAUAACCAGUGAAUCCUGUGAACGAAGAAACCCGGCAGGUGGCAAAUCUAGAUUUGAAACUGACAAAAUAAGCUGAUCUUGACUCUGUUAUUCUGUAACACUCAUUGUUCAAUGACACUAAAAACAAAUACUAAGAAACCCCGCAGGAAGCCCUUUGUCUGCAGGAUUCCUGGUUCCCUGGAAUCACAGAUGUCCCUCGGGAUGUCCAGUUUAACAGUCCAUAAUGCCAUUGUGUUGCACAGUUAAAGUUGAAUUGCAGAAGUAUCAUAUUUGUAAAAUCAUGAGAACAAAGACAAUAAAAUUAUUAAGAUUUA